AAUGCCCAUCUGUUGUUCUAACAGAAAAAAUAAGGUCAUUCGCUGCCAGAGAGAGAAAUUUCACUGUAAAGAUGUUCACCUUCCAGUUCUUCACCUACUUCUCCUCCCUCUUCUAUGUGGCAUUUUUUCUUGGCAGGAUAAACGGCCAUCCAGGUAAAUACGUACGGAUUGCAGAGCUGUGGAGACUAGAAGAGUGUCACCCGAGUGGAUGCCUCACAGACUUGUUCAUUCAAAUGACUAUUAUAAUGGUGUUGAAGCAAACCAUCAGCAAUAUGAUCGAGAUCACUGUCCCCUGGUUACACAAGUUCAUGAAGAAGAGGAAAAGCUCUCAAAAGCUGCGGAGGAAAUGUGGCAACUGCUACAAGAAAGAUGAAUCUGAGCUCAAAGAGGGAGAAGAGCUUUGUGACAACUGCAAACUCAACGAUUGGCAAAAAAACUAUCAACUCACUGAUGUGGACUCUUUCAGCCUGUUCAACGAGUUUUUGGAGAUGGUGAUCCAGUUUAGCUUCACCACCAUAUUUGUGGCAGCGUUUCCACUUGCUCCCCUGUUUGCUCUCAUCAAUAAUGUGAUUGAGAUCCGCUUGGAUGCCAUUAAGAUGGUCACCCUGGAGCGCAGAAUGUUUCCCAAGAAAACCAAUGACAUCGGUAUCUGGACGGACAUACUGGAGGUUAUUGGUGUUUUAGCCGUCAUCGUAAAUGGCCUGAUAAUUGGGGUGUCGUCCGAUUUUAUCCCUAGACUCUUGUAUCGCUUCUACUAUGGACCGUGUGCCAACGGAACAGCAACAGAUACGGACUGCAUUGCUGGUUACAUCAACAACACUCUAUCCACUGCAUUACUGAGUGACAGCAGAGUGAAGUUUGAUCCAAACCAACUGGUCACUCCUGAUCACCUAAAUGCUACUUCAUGCAGCUACAAAGACUACAGAGACAGUGACUUUAAUUUUACCCCCCAGUUUUGGCUGAUUUUAUCAGUGCGCUUUGCUUUUGUCAUCCUCUUUGAGCACGUUCUGGUCAUAUGUAAAUUCAUUGCAGCCUGGUUUAUACCGCCGGCUCCAAUCGUGGUGAAGAAUGAGCACCUCGAUCAGAAACACGAAAGACUUCUAGAGCAACUUAAAACUUUCCGUCCUGAAACUGUUUAAACUCCUUAAUGAGAGAACAUUUACUGUGAAAACAUAACCCCGGUAUGGCCUUCUGCAUCUACAUCUCAACCUGGGACGGUUUGAAACCUGUUUCAACGGAGACCCCCACCCCCCCGAUAUUUGCAUGAUUCUCCUACUAAUUUAGGAUGUUUAUUUGUUUAACAGGAUCUUUUUUAAACUAAACAUGGAUGAAAUAAAAAAAAAAACACUCAAAUAUGUUGGUUUAUUCAUCUAGCAUUUUGUAUGUGGUUUUUUAUUUAUGUGGUUAUAUGUUGUAUUCUUUGUACAUUUUAUUGUAUUUAAUAAAAUAAUGUUUUUAUUAUAAUUCACGGAAAGUCUCAGAGUUAAUACCAUUUGUGCCCAUUUUUAAUGGAUGUAAACCUCUUAUUAAACUGAUGUUACUGGAAAUGCUUUUUAUAAUAUUGAUGGUAUUAUAUUGUAAGUAUUGGCUACUUAGUUUUGGAUCUGUGUUUAUGAGCCAUACAGCACAUGAGUGUUUUACCCACAAUGCUCGGCUGCACAUACUGUAGACUGCUGAUUGUGUUACUAAGAUGCCUUACAGUGUAAAAAUGCAAAAUGAAAUGCCUGUUGCUUUUUUCAGAUGGAUUUGAUUGCUUGUUUAUGUAAAUUAAAUUG